AUGAGUUCCAACAGCUACAAAGGCGGCUUGACCGUCGGCGGGUCAGCUCUCGAGAAGUCGAAGUUGCAGCUGCGCCGCCCCACGCCUGACAGCGAUGUCUUGGCAUCGAGCGACGAUGACCGUGAGCACGUGCCUACAGUCGUUCGUCCAACGCCCGGCGGAUAUCCUGGUGGUAGGCGCCCCUCUUCUGGCUGGCUCCAAGACAUACAGCCCAACCGCAAGUUCUCCCUGCCAUCAGUGUCGUUUGCCGGGUCACAGCCCACCACGCCGAGCAUCGAGCUGCCGCAGCAGUCACGACCAGGCACCUCCGCAUUCCAGUGGAACACAGCGAGCUUCACGUCCGGUCAGUCCAACAUUCGAUUCAAGGACGUGUUGCCUUCCCCUACGUCAGGUCACGCACCAAACGACAAACCACUUCCCUCGCCAACUAAUAUCGAGGGCGACGAAGGCAUCGGCUUUCUCUUGAACCAACAAAAUUCUAACCCCCUCCGUAAAUCUGUUCGAUCCCAGUCCUAUAGCAUAGGUCAAGGCGAUAUUGAAAACAGUCCGGUCGGCCAGUUCUCUGCUGCUCGUUUGCGAUCUGGGGUGCGACAUCGACCUUCCAAGCCGAGUCUUCUUGGCGAAUCCGCUAUCGGUCUUUCGCAGCUUCGUGAAGACGAAGCUGACGAAGUUGAGUCUUCUAACGGUUCAGAACACGGUGUACGCCUGCCCACCGGAUACUGGGAGCGUGAACAGAAGCAAGCUCUCUUGAAGCAAGCCGCUGUGGAAAACGCCCGUGCCCGCAAUCGAGCUACAUCUAGCGGUUCGCCAGUCUUGCAACAGCGUCGCAAGACCACUGCAGGUUUGCGCAACGUCGCCUACGGCAGCACUACUGAGUACGCAAUCGAAGAGCUCGACGACCCAGUAGCCACCAUGAACCAUCCAACCCUGACUCUCACCCGCCGCUUCAGCGAACACGUCUCCGGCCUCGGGCGCGAGCAGGAAGUGGACAUCAUUGACAGCCCCCGCAAAUGGACAACUGGCAACAUUCCACCCAUCACCGUGGAUGCUCUCGGUCGUCGACAUUCCUUCGCUCACUACGGUGGGUACAACCCGUCUCUGCCUCUGCCGACUCUGGGCCACACGCGGGAGGAGGACGAAGAUAUCAUGUCUCCCCGCCAGUCAUCCCAAUCCCCCGAGGAGACCGAGCCAUUUGAUGCUUCUGCCUACUUCACCGGCUACGGACCUGCUUCCCGUGCCAUCAACUCCUCUGCUAUCUCAGCGGCUCAUCCUGAUCCAAUUGUCCCCAACACGGCCAUGUCUGCUGGCAAUCCUUAUGCUGUACCGCAUGUCCUUGGCCGUCCAGGUCGUCGUCUCUUUGUGGUCACUUUCAAGUGUUCUCGAGCGGAUAUCUAUUACCUCUAUGACAACACAGGUCUGGAGAUCCGUCGUGGUGACCUCGUCAUCGUCGAAGGCGACCGUGGAUGUGACCUUGGCCAAGUCACGCACGCCGAUGUGAGCCUGGAAGACGCCAAGAAACAUAAAGCUGAGGCUAACGAAGAACACUUCCGCUGGCUUGUUAUGUUCUCGCAGUACUCCCUUGCCGGAACCUCGAACGAUUCUGGUAUGCUCGGUGCCCUUGCCCGUGCUAAUGGAUUCCCCAAUCCUAUGAGUCGAUCUCAACUUACUGGCAUGGGUGCUCAACAGGAGCAAGACGCAAAGCCCAAGAUGAUCAAGCGUCUUGCCCAGCAGCACGAGAUCAUGGCUCUCCGCGACAAGGAGGGAUCGGAGGCGAAAUCAAAGCGCCUCGGAGCUCAGAAGGCUGCCGACCACAAGUUGCCGAUGGAGAUUCUGGAUGCCGAGUAUCAAGCCGAUUACCACAAGCUUACAUAUUUCUACUAUGCCGAGUCCUAUGUCAACUUCAACGAUUUGGUUACGGACCUCUUCAAGCAGUACAAGGUCCGCAUUUGGAUGUCAGCUGUCAAUCCAGCAUCAGUCGUAAAUCCAGCAGGCUUGACGCAAAUCCCACCACCUUCUGCGAUCGGCCCUGGAGCGAUCUUGAACUCAAACACCGCCAACGCCCCUCUCAGUGUCGGUCCUGGCUUUGGGUCCAACAACCAUCGUUCCGGCGAGCAGUAUAGUCGAGGACGCAACAACGUCUCAUACGCCAACUAUGAUGACGGCUAUGGCGCUUUCUCUCAUCAGUUGCCUAGCUACCCUCCCCCUCAACCUGCGUAUAACAUGCCACCAUGGGCUCAUGGCCAACAGCUCGCCCCCCAGAUGUAUGAUCGCUAUAGCCCGUAUGCGAUGCAGGCCGCCGGCGGCUACCCAAACGCGACUGCGAGUGGUAGCCCAAUGAACUACGGAGCUUACUACCCGCCCACGACGUACGCUCCCUCGCCCGCCUACAACAUCGCCUCGAGCGGUCCGUCGUACCGUGGAGGCUACCAGGCUACGACUGCCUAUGCUGCUUCUCAGUCGUACACUUCCACCGCUGGCCCGUCUUACGGCCACUAUACCACUUCUGGUGCUGGCGCUGGGUAUCCCUCAUCUGGAGCCAGUUAUUCCAACGCAUACGGAAACGCCUCGUACAGCUCCAGUACUACAACUGGCGCAAACCUCGGCACCUCCGGCGGUUACGGCAAUGGCUACACGGCAACUUCUGUACCUUCCUACAACGCUGGCUACGAUACUGCCUUCUUGACAGCCAUGCACAACCUGUCCUUUGGUGCCAAGUAA